UCUCCAAUCUUCUCUCAAAAUGGUCUCUAAAUCUUUGAUGAUCAUCUGCUCUCUUUUUCUUACGCUCAUGUUCUUAGGCCACUCUGCUUGCAAUGCCGCUCGAGUUCUGUUAGAAGAAAGUACUCCGAAGGAAGAGCAGCCAUCGCUGCCAAAAUUAGAAUUGCCUCCUUUACCUGAAUUCCCAAAGCCAGAAUUGCCUCCGUUGCCGGAAAUUCCUCACGAGCUACCCAAACCGGAGUUGCCUCCAUUGCCAGAGAUUCCGCACGAGCUACCCAAACCGGAGUUGCCUCCAUUGCCGGAGAUUCCUCAUGAGUUACCCAAACCGGAGUUGCCUCCAUUGCCAGAGAUUCCACAUGACUUGCCCAAGCCAGAACUGCCGCACUUACCGGAAAUCCCUCAUGAGCUCCCCAAGCCAGAGUUGCCACCUUUGCCAGAGAUCCCUCAUGAGCUCCCCAAGCCAGAGUUGCCACCUUUGCCAGAGAUCCCUCAUGAGCUCCCCAAGCCAGAGUUGCCGCCGUUGCCGGAGAUACCCCAUGAAUUGCCCAAGCCGGAGGUUCCGGAGAUACCGCACCAGCAGCCGGAAGAGCCCCACCAUCGUUGAUGUGUGUGUUCUGCGUGUUAAUUACUGCCAUUUAAACUUUGAAGUUGUCAUGUUUGCUUGCUUCUCAUCAUUCAAUCGUGUGUUGCUUUCUUAAUUUUUCUUUUUUGAUUGUUAUGCAUUACGUUCAUAUUUAUACAAAUUUGGGAUCUCUCUGUUGUGAAUUAGUUUGUAGUAAUUGCAUUCCAAGUAAUUAUUUUUCUUCA